CCUCCUCCUCCUCCUCCUCCUCCCGCUCUUCCUCGGCGAUGGGUCGUACGCGAGGCCGCCGACCGCCCUCAGCCGCUUCGACCUAGGCCUAGACCUCCAUUCGAGCAGGCGCGCUCGCCCCCCUGCUCGGGGCGCGCGCCCGCCGCCGCGGCGGAGCGAUGGCGCACGGCUGCCUGGGCCCCUUCUUCGGCAAGUUUCACAACGAGCUGGAGGACGACGAGUACGCCGACGACGAUCGGCCAGGCGCCGCCCGCCAGGAGAGGUCUGCGGAGGAGGCCAAGAGCCGGAGGUCUUUCUUCUCGAGGACCCCGAUUGCGCCGCGGUCCCUGGGGGCCGGCGAGAGCGCGCGGACCGGGGACUUCGCGCUGAAGAGGCACAUCAAGGAGAGUUCCGAGUGCCGCACGAGCGGACGGCGGAAGGCCCCGAAGGCAGCACUGGAGGCCGCUACAAGAAGGAGCAGAAGGUGGAACGCUUGCGCGUGGUCAACAAGUCCCAACGGGAGUUGCCGCAGUCUAUGAUGAGUAACAUAUUCCGGCAGAACAAGCUUCACACAAUAGAGAUAAUUCGUUGCCGCAAGCAAGAAUUGCCACCGUUCCUCAAUGAGCUUGAACGUCUGACAAUCAUCAACAUGUCCCACAAUGAGCUUCGGACGUUUUCGAGUGAUCUUGCGAUGUGCAAGGAGCUUAAGCAAAUCAUACUGGAGUGGAAUAGGAUCAGUGAAAUACCGACUGGGUUAUUCACAAGUCGCGAAGUGGUGUUCGCGAAAUUGACUGUGCUGAACUUAGCGCAUAAUCAGCUCAGCGUUCUACCAGCUGAUUUCCUGAAGCAUACAACGAAUGUGCUGAAACUUCUCGAUUUGUCUAGCAACUGUCUCAGGAGCCUGCCCGCAAGUAUUACGGGUUGCGUUCUUCUGCAGGAGCUUGAUGUUUCGCACAAUAGUUUGAAGCAGUUGCCACAUCCUUUCUCGAAGACGCCUAUGGGGAAGCCUACGUUCCAGCACUUGACUAAGGCGGGCUGGCGGAUUGUCGGGGAGAGUGCGUGUUGCCAGGGCACGGUCGACCCAGGCCUGCCAGAGAAUCCGUUCGGAUUCUGUCCCACUGCAUCACCAAACCACCCCAACCCAACCCGAAGGCCUC